UCCCUGAUCCAAAACAAACAUCCGCGAACUCCUCCAUCCCAUUUGCUCGUGCCGAGGAGCGGAGAGGAGCCACAGGGCGAAGACCGGCCGGCGCGCCGUGCGAUGGGCGGCCACCUCUACGCGCUCGACUUUGACGGCGUCCUCUGCGAUAGCUGCGGCGAAAGCUCACUCUCCGCCGUUAAGGCUGCAAAGGUCCGAUGGCCUUGGGUGUUUGAGCUUGUCGACGCCACCAUGGAGGGGUGGAUUGUGGAGCAAAUGUACACUCUUCGUCCGGUCGUGGAAACAGGAUAUGAGAAUCUCUUGCUUGUUAGGUUGCUUGUUGAGAUCCUGGUACCGUCUGCUCGACAUUCAUCGGUUUCAGAAGGGCUCAGCGUCCAAGAAAUAUUAGAGAACUGGUUAAAACUGAAGCCGACCAUCAUGUCUGAAUGGAAUGAAGAUAGGGACUCUCUAGUUGAUCUAUUUGGCCGCAUAAGGGAUGACUGGAUUGAAAAUGAUUUGCCUGGCUGGAUUGGCGCUAACAGAUUUUAUCCGGGAACAGCUGAUGCAUUGAAAUUUUCAAGCUCGGAAAUUUACAUAGUCACUACUAAACAGGGCAGAUUUGCUGAAGCACUACUGAAAGAAUUGGCUGGAAUAGAGAUUCCGUCUGAAAGGAUAUAUGGCCUUGGCACUGGCCCAAAGGUAAAAGUUCUCCAGCAACUGCAGCAAAUGCCGCAGCAUCAAGGCCUGACACUUCAUUUUAUUGAGGAUCGCCUCGCAACUUUGAAGAAUGUGAUCAAGGAGCCGGCACUGGAACGAUGGAACCUCUACCUGGUGAAUUGGGGAUACAACACACCUAAAGAGAGGGAGGAAGCAAGCGACAUAUCAAGAGUCAAAGUCAUUGAUCUCUCUGACUUCAGCAGAAAUCUUAAAUAGCUGGAAAGGAUGCAAAUCAUCAAACAGAGUUUUCUUUUCUGGUGACCCUAUUUGACUUAUGCGCUUGGGUUCAUUCGCCCUUCGCAGACACUAUCUCAUCGUAAAAACAAAUACAUCAUUUACACAUGCCUUCCGUCGGGACAUUCACUACCCUUGCAAUCAUAAAGUAAUAAUUCGGGUC